AUGUUCUCCAGGUGUCCUGGUGUGUUCACAGCAUUUGUCUUCCUCCUCGUAGGCCUUGUGGCCUUGACUUGUGCUCUCGAGGAAAAAGCUAUUAAGAAAUAUGAGGAACGUUAUGCGGUGUGUGAGACGCGUUGUCAAAUAUUCAGCAAAGAGGAAUGUCCUAGCAGAGUGGAGAAAUGCCAGUAUCUUGUACGUGCAAAAGUCUACGAUGACUGCAUAGAUGAGGAUGAGAAGUGCGUGAAUGAAGGCAAAUCUGACUGUUAUAAGAACUUCCUCAAGUGCCUUGAACAAUACGCCAAGGAUUAA